GUCAGGCUGGUAUCUACACAUCAGUAAUUGCGCGGAUGCGCUCAUAAAGCAUCUUUUAUAUGCGCGCGUCCAUUCGCAGCCAGCAUACCUUUGAAAUUCCGAAUGCGUAGCGUGAACGUGCUUUCUCCAUUAUAGCAGGGAGGGAAGUCUAAAGCGGCUGGCAGACAGACGCUCAUCAUGGCAUCUGCACUGAAUUGCACUCCGUUGACCUUAGUUUUUAUUUAUUCGUUACUGUUUACCUUUGCAUUUUGCGAUAAUAAUGAUACAGAAGACGAGCACGCUAAACACACGUACACAGUGGAAAUGUUCAAGGAAGCCGUGCCCACCUUUCCGCACUUUGUGAUGUUUUAUGCCCCUUGGUGUGCCCAUUGUAAGAAGCUGCAGCCGACGUGGAAUGAAUUGGCUGACAAGUACAACAAUAUGGAUGAACCCUUCGUCUAUGUCGUCAAAGUAGACUGUGUCCAAGACACAAAGUUCUGUUCCCACGAGCACAAAAUCCGAGGCUACCCCACGCUAAUGUUUUACAAGCCUGAAAAGGACCCUGUCCAGUACCAAGGACAAAGAAAUCUGGAAUCUUUGGAGCAGUGGAUGUUAUCACUGUUUAGGUCACCACCUUCUGCUAAACCAGAGGUUCAAGAGGAGGCACAAAGUGGCCCGCCAGAGCCAAAAGACGGCAUGUAUGAGCUCACCACUGACAACUAUAAGGAAAUUAUUACAAACGGGUUAAGUUUUGUCAAGUUCUUCGCUCCAUGGUGCGGCCACUGCAAAGCCAUGGCUCCAACCUGGGAUCAGAUGGCUUCCGCCUAUGAGAACUCCGAGGUCAAAAUAGCAAAGAUGGACUGCACAAAGCACCAUGACUCGUGCCUAAAGAUGAGUGUGCGUGGAUAUCCCACACUGUUGUUCUUCAACGGAGGCGAAAAGACAGAGAUUACGCGUUACAAAGGAAAGAGAGACUUUGACUCCCUCAAAGAAUUUGUGGAGGACAUGCUGAUAGCUAUAAAGACCAAACGGGAAGAAGAGGAGAAGGCACCCGCGGAGGAGGAGCCUAAGGAAGAAGCUAAAGAGGAUCCGAGCAAGCAAGAACCCAAGGAGGAGGAGCCUAAGGAAGAAGCUAAAGAGGAUGUGAGACAGCAAGAACCCAAAGAGGAGGAGCCUAAGGAAGACACUGAAGAAGAAGCCAAGGACAAGCCUAUUGAAGAAGUUAAAGAUGAAGCCCAGGAGGUGAAGUCCAACGUCUUGCUGCUAACGGAAGGAAACUUUGACGAGACGAUCGCCAAGGGCUUUACGUUCGUCAAAUUCUUUGCGCCAUGGUGCGGCCACUGCAGAUACCUGGCUCCGAUUUGGGAGCAGCUCUCCAACAAGGACUUUGACGUUCUGACUGACGUCAAGAUUGCCAAAGUGGACUGCACAGUGGAGCGCACUCUCUGCAACAAGUACUCUGUGCAAGGUUACCCCACCCUAAAGAUCUUCCGUGCCGGGGAGCAAGGCGACGAGUACAGCGGUCCGCGGGAUCUGGCGAGCCUGCACGGCUUUGUGAAGAAGCAGGUGAGGGACGAGUUUUGAAGAUGCGCGGCGGCACUCGUGUUGGCGGGCGCUCGAGCAGGAGCUGCAAGCGGCGGUCCGGGUCUCGCACCAGCCGAACCUCACUCUCCUUUCCAGUGUUGAUAAGGAAUUCUGGGUGUUUGGGUAUAUAAAUGUAUUUCUCAUUUUUGGUUCUUUCAAAACAACUUAUAUGAAGUUUCGGGGGAGGGGGUCUCAUUUGUUUCCAGGUACGAUUUGUACCGUUUUUUUUUUUACAUUUGUUUUUCUACGUGGGUUUUGUUGUCCGAAUGCCAGCCAUGAAUAGAUGUUGACAAUUGCCUCUCAGCCACACCAGUGCUAAUGUGACCUAACUCUCAGGGACUAACCUCGGGGCCCUUCGCAGGAGUCCGACAUUUUGGUUCAGUUAGACUCCUCCUUGGUGCCUGAUAAUAUACCCGUUAGACAAGAAAAUUAUUGCUGCUGCUUCUGUUCCCCAAACAACUGAAUGAUUGAAAAUAUCUGCUUUUGGUCGUGUUUGUGGACCUAGCACAAAGAGCACUUCAUUUGGAUGACAUGCACGCAGAGGUUGGUAGCGUAGCGUAGUAAACUGUUAUGUGAUAAGAGUCGUGUUAACUUCAAAAUAAUUUUACUCAAGAGCAGUCAUCCAAAAUUUGUAUUCUAGUACAACUAUUCAGUGAACAAAAUACUGUUAACAAUGUCUGAUUUUUUUUCCCCCCCUUGGCACGUCAUCUACAUGAACUGCUAUUAUACUGUACUAUAACCUAAUACAUAACCAUAUUAGGCCCAAAAAAAUACACCAAAAUUGAAUUCCGACUAGGGUAAUCUACAGUAAUGAAACAUCACCCGUACUGAGAGCAUGACUGAUUUCUCUCCAAAAGAUAAAUGUAAAGCGUUACUACUAGAGCUCGACCGAUAUGGGAUUUUUAUCAGUGUAUCAUUCAAUUUCGGUUUAAGAAUUGGGAAAACGGAUAAGUACUUAUUUCAUUCCUCGUUUUCAAAAAAAGAAUAUCAGCGUUUGUGACCCAGAAGUUGUUAAUACACUUGUACGAGUUCACUGUUCGAAAACAUUGUUUUUCCCCCCUUUAAAAAGUAUGUACGUUUCAGCCAUCCUUCACAAAAACGAUAAGUAACAAUAAAUGUCAAAUGUUAGCUAGCAUGCUUCUCCAUUGACCCAUCGCAGGAAUGACCCGGUAGAGACUGACUGACCUUCCUGAGAAAAAAAGUCAACAACUUCCGGGUCAUUACACAUAAAAAAUCAUACAUACCAUAAACGGAGUGCGAUGAAAUUUGGGGAGUCGAUAUGUUGUGCAAAACUGCUCCAAAAAGUCUCUUGCAGCCCUAUUCCAAAUGGGUAUUUUGGAUUUAAUGUAAAAAAAAAACAUGCAAUUUUAGUUGAAAAACAGCGUGCACGUUUGAGACUAUUGCACCUAGGCACUUAAGUUUGAUCCUCUUCAAAAUUGGUGAGACUGUUCAUGAGACAUGAGAUGUUUUUAAUCACGGGCCUGACCUGGGCGGGGUACCAAAGUCGGGCGUUUUUGGGGGGUUUAGGGCUUAGAAUUAGGGUUUAGGGUUAGGGCUUCUUCAUGGGAAAAGAAAGUGCCCAAUUUGAAGGCCUGAACAUGCUCGAAAACUCCCCAAAACAUACAUACAAAGAGCGAUGAAAUUUGGGGAGUCGAUAUGUUGUGCGAGGGCCAGUUCAGUCCUCCUUGCAUAGCUAUUCUAUUUUUUUAAUUUCAAAACAAAAUUAAAACAGCGAAAAAUAGGCCAUUAUUUGUUUUCCGACUUUUGAUUUGAAAAUGAGAAAUGAAAUAAGGCGUUAUCAGUUUUCAGAUUUUGGGUUCUGAAUGAACAAAUGAUACAGAUAGAUAUUCAAAUGCCGAUACUAAUAUCUAAAAAACAUCUCAGCCGAUUGCAGGAAUCCAAAACCGAUUUUGUAAGCUUUUUUUUCUUAAAGCACGUAGAUUAUAAAGGCAAUACUUUUUAAAAAUUGCUUCAACAGCUUCAAAUUUACAAUGAUGACCUGAGACUCAAAACCCACCAGGACAUCAAAAGAUGUAACCAAAUGAGAUUGACAGGAUGCUAUCCAUGCUAAAGCUAAUGCUACGAGUUACAUUGAGAACGAAAGUAUCAGUCGGUAAACACUUUAAAAAGUUAAAGCAACAUUGCAUAUUCUGUAAUGCAAGAUUUUUAAAAAAUCUUACAGUAUUUACAAAACAGGCAAGCCUGAAGCUUCCUGUAGCAGCUUGCCUUCAAGCUGCUGCGGGGUCCAUGCGGGGUCCGACUAUCAGUCAGUGGCGGCCUCUGUUGCCCUCACAGAUGCCUGAUCAAAAUUUUGAUCGUCUUGUUUUGUUAAUCGACCGAUGUUUGGGGGGGAAAAAGGAUCGGCCGGCCUGUAGUUACUACCCACCUGUUGACAUUCUGAAAAGUUUUUAAAAGUCCCAUUGUUUGUACCUGUGAAAGCAAGUGUUUUCUGUGGCCCAGUGGGGUCAAAGCACUGAGUAAUCAACAUUUUAAUCAAACCCAUAUUUUUCUCUCUCUCUCCAUGUGAUGAAACUGUGUCAAACUUUUUCAUGUUUGCACAAAGUGUAAAUGAGAUGUCAUGUUCAUGUGACAAUGUAAAACCAGGUACACAGACAAAGCAGUUUUUGCCAGUAAAUUUUUUUAUGGAAAGCACAUGGUUGAAGGAACUCCAGUGACACUUUUUUUUUUCCUGUUAUGCAGUCAUGGGUUGUGCACUGCCCAUGGAUUUGUUACCAAAAAAAUGUUGAGAUUUCAUAAUAAAAAAAUUCCAAAAUAGGUUUGGUUCUCAGU